AUGGCUACGCUCUUCCGACACCUGUGGGUGUUGCUAUGGAAGAACUGGCUGAGUGUCAAAAGGCAACCGCUUUGGUCUUUCACAUUAAUUUUUUUGCCUGUAUUUUCAUUCAUUCUUAUGACUGUCAUUCGAAUCCAAUUUCCUCCAGAACCCCAAACAAACUGUUACCUGGCCCCUCGGAAUCUUCCCAGCACAGGUUUCUUGCCAUUUCUCCAAACUGUGCUCUGCAGUUCUGAUGCCACCUGCAAAGGGACACCGUAUACUCCUGAAGAUCUUUUGCCCAAGUUGAAUAUUUCACUCCAAAGCAGAAGACAGAGGAGGUCUACGGACCAAGCAGAGGAGAGCAACCCACCAUCCCAAAGUGCUGAUGUCCUCCGAAGUAGAAAUAGUCCGUUGCAGAUACUUGAUUCAACAUUCAGUCUGAAAGAUUUUACUGAAAAUAUUUCAUCAUCAACCAACUAUGACAGAAUAUACUUGCUUAACCAGAUUCUCACUUUAGCAGAGAAACAAGACUCUUCUCAAGCCAACCUUAAAGUCGCCAUCUGUGAGGUUCUCUCCGUGAAUGCGUCUUUGCAAGGCCUCCUUUCGGAAACUCUCGGAAUAAACAUCUAUCAGCCAUUCUGCCUCCAUAAUAUGUCUCUUCUGGAGUCAUUUUUCCAAGAACUCAGAACUCAUAUUUCAAAAUUGCAGAAGCAUCCUUCUUUUCAGAUGGCUUUUGUCCAGGAAGUUGGGUCGUUUUUAUCACUCAUCUCCCAAGUGCAGAAUGAAACGUCUAUAUGGAACCUCUUCCUGAUGACUCCAGAUAUCAUCCAUGGUUCUACCGUAGUGAGAGACAUGGUUGAUACUCUUCACGACAGGAAGAGGUCAUUUGUGAAGAGGGGUAACAGUUCCCAACCGAUUCUGAAUGUGACUAGCUGGCUGUCGACUUUGAACUGUUCAGAACAAGAUAAAAAUAAUUUGGUAGUAAAUUACAUUUGUGAACAACGCAUUUCCUCGGAAAAGAUUCUGAUUUUAUUUGCUAAAAUGAAAGAAGUUCUAAGGAACCUUUUAGCUCCUGAUUUUGCUGAUGAAGAUUUUAAGCCUGACUAUUUUUUAAAGAAUUUCCAAAGAAAUACAAACUCUCCGAAUAGCUUGAAGAAAAUGCCAUUAUUUGACUUCAAGGAAACUCAAAAUAUCCACAAUUUAAAUAGGAGCAUCAGGGACAUCUCAUUUUUAAAUAGUAUUUUUAAAGCCAGAAAGGCAUGGCAAAGUGUUAAAAUGAGUAAUGUCCUCAAAUUAUCUUUCCUGCCUGAAAAAUAUAGAAAAUACUUGACCUCAGUGGAAGAAGUGCCAUCAUUGUUAGUAAACUUUCUGCUUAAACCAGCAACAACUGACAAUUUUCCUGAGAACCUCCUGGUACUUGAGAAAAUCUUUAGUAUCAUAACAAAUAGCAGGACAAACCGUAACUACCUUUUGAUCUCUUCUCUGACCAACCUGAUGCAGAAAAUCCAAAAUUCCAUCAAUGAAUCUCAGUGGAAUGAAUUCAACACUUAUUGGCAUAUUGCUGAAAAAUUGAGGUCUGCAAAAUGGAGUGAUACAGACAUCCUUAUCUACAAACAGAUCUUAGAUAUAUUACAUGACAAUCUGUACGCCAAUCAUGAUAACUUUGGACUUCCUUUGAAUAUAGAACUUGAGCAAAUGAUUACAUUUGUAAACCAUAUAUUGAAAAAGCAUGAUGCAGGGAGCAUCAAGGCCGCAAAUGUUUCAAUGGCUUUAAAUGCUGUUCUUAAAAGUUUACAAGUGCUCGAGGACCUGGAGAAAAAAUACGUCAUUGUUAAUCCACUAAUGAAUACCAACAAUGAAACUGUACGGAAAUUAUUUCAAAUAAUCAAGAAGGAUAUAGAGAUACUUUCUGAUCUCAGUCAGAAAAAAACAUUUAAUAUUAACAAAACUGAUACCCUCCUCAGAUUUUCACAAGCAUUUUCACCUUUGCUGGAUUUAUAUAUGACUCCAGUGUGGCAUAAUUCUCCAAUACAAGCAAAAAUAUUGCAACUCUUGUAUUUAGCACCAAGCCUUCUUCAAAUCGGAAACAUUCAGGCUGACAACAGAUUCUCAGACUGCACUGUCAAAGAUCUCCAUCUUAUUGCAAUUGAAGUGUUUUUCAAUAAUGCCACACUAAAGGAAGCCUUAAGAGAAAGAAAAUGUGAUUUUCUCUUAUCUUCUCUGGAUUUUGAAAACCAAACAACCUAUGACUAUAUAUUUACCCAAUUGCUUCACCUGACAACAGAGAGUCUCAAACCGGCAUCACUUUUUGAAAUAAUCCAGGGAAACAAAAGUAAACACUGCUCAGGUGAAUGUGUGUGUCUCAUCAAAUUAUUAGAAGUUUCAUCCAGUUUUCUGUCCAAAUUAAUUGGGAUCCAUAAAAAUCAGAAUUCCUGGCUAGACAAGAUUGAUAAAAAUCUAAGUGCCUUGUCUCUUGAUCUGUCUCAACGUAAUCUGACUUGCAGAGAACCAUUGCUUAGCAAUAUCAUUAACAAAAUUUCUGCUUUACACAUUCAGAGUCCUUUUAUUUUUAAAGGAACAGUAGAAGUUAUUCAAAAUAUCCUGGAUAACCCAUCAUUUUGGAAUCAAACAUUUGUGCCUUCUUUUUUGCUACAUAAUAAACACCAAAAGAUUGUAGCUAAGAUUUUACAAAUGAGCAAAAAUGUGGUUCAUCAAUCAAAAUGGAGUAAUUUUUCAGAGAUCUUGAGCAAGACUGCAGAUAUAUUGCUCUCAAAACAGAAUGUGACAAAUACAAAGCAGUAUAUUCAACUGCUAGAAAUGUCCAGAAAAGCACUAAUUCUUGUUGGCAUUGGAUUAGCCAACAAGGAAAAGAACCCAUACAAACUCCUUGAAACUUUAAGAUGGGGCAUGAGAGUUUCCUAUUUAGAAGACAUAUUAGAUAUGUUAAGAUUGUUCCUAAAUUCCAGUUCUGACAUAGAUUACCAAAUUUAUUUUAGAAAAAAUAUUAAUACUUUUUUAUCACCUUUUGAUGCUCUUUUUCAAAGACUUUUCUACAUUAAUCCUUCUCCAGAACAAAUCAAACACACAUUAAACAAAACCACAAGAGUAUCAAAUGAAUUGUUUUUAAAUAGGAUCAACUUCAAACGUACAAUGAUAUGGAAAACUAUCCAGAAGAUGAUGUCUAUAACAACUACCCAAUUUCCAAUGGAAAUACCAUGGGCUUUUGAUUCGAGAGAAGAAAUUCCUUUGACAUCUUCAAAUUUGUUUCUUAAAUCUUCAGUAAUGAAAGCCAUUCUGAAGCCAUUCUUGACCCCUCAGAAUAACUAUCAUAGUAAAACAAAUGUAAACUUGAUUAUUUAUCUUUCAAAAUUACUGCAAAGAAUCCAAAAUACUGAUAAAAAAUCCUGGUCAACUGAGUUGAAGACCUUUGUAAAUAUUUAUAGAAAACUACAACCGGUAAUGCAUAGCUCACUUUUUUUAAAUAAAUUAUAUAAACAUCUUUCUUCACUGAAUAAUGCUUCUGGCCUUCAUUUUAACUCAGAACUGCAAGGGUUAACUCAAUUUUUAUCCCAUGUACUACCAAAAUAUAAUGAAGAAAACCCAUAUAUUAACACUUCAGAACAAAUUAAUGCUGCUGUUAGGAAGCUGUUAUUGCAGCAAAGUUUUAGGCGUCAAUUUAGCAUUAGUCAAUUAAAAACCAUUCUCCCAUUGGCUAAUAAUAGCCACAAAAUCUUUGAAAAUAUUUAUGACAUACUGAAUGAAGGAGCAAGGAUACUUUCUGACAGCAAAUUGGAAGAAACGAAUAAAGGAAAAAUCGCCACCCUGUAUGGUUUUUCACAAUUUCUGUUUCAAAAGGAAUUCAGUGAAUCUUUCUUAGGGGAUGGAAAUUUAGCUGAAACAAAAACAAUGGAUAUCUUAUAUUUAACUCUAAGUCCAUUAUUACAUAGUUGGACCAACAAAACGAGUGCGCCACAUAAUUGCAAUGCUCAAGAUAUAAUUCACAUAAUUUUUCAAAUGCUGUUUAGAAAUCUCUCUCUCUCUGAAGCACAUAACCAAAACCAUUGUGAACUGCUUUUCUCUUCCAUGGAUUUUGAAAAGAAAACAAAUCAAACGUUUAUUGACUUCUUACUUUUCUCCAUAAGAAAUUUCCAGCAGACACAGUUAAUAAAUCUUUACCAAAAAAAUAAUGUGCAUUUUUCAAAUGACUUGUUAUGCCUCAUCAAAUCACUACAAUUUUCCUCUGGCUUGCUUUUGAAAAUGAAUAUACUCUUUGAUUUCCAACAUCCUUGGAUGCAGGAGAUGUAUGCAUCUUUAGCAAAAAUUUCUAAACAAUUACCAUCAAUUAAUUCAACUUGUUUCAUCCCAGUUCUUGAUGAUAUAAAUGAUGUUAUUUAUAACCCUUCAGAAAGUCCCUUGCUGUAUUCAGGAAAUGAAACAGAAUAUUAUAUACAAAAUUUCAUUGACAAAUUAAUAGACUGGGAUGAGUUAGCAAUAUUCUUUAAGCAGUUUCAAGAUUUUGCAUAUUUGAACAUUCCUGCGAAUGAAGCCACACAAGGAAAUGAAGAUGAAAUCUCCAUUCCAUCUGAAAGUGAUUUUUCACCAAUCUGGACUACGUUGUCCAAAUGGUACCACGCGGAAACUGAGAAUGCAAGAAAUGGCUUGGAAAUGAUGGGGAAAGUUCUGGAGAACAACAAAUCAGUUCCAGAAAUAUUUAAUGCCAGUAUUUCUAUUUUAAAUCAUUUGGAUUUGCUAAAGGAGCUUAAAGCAAAUCCAGAUCCAAAUUUGCCGUCAAAAAGAACUCAGCUGCCAUAUAAAUUUGAUCACAUAAGGCAUCCCUUUCUGAUGAUCGCAGAAACACUUCUGAACAAGACAUUUUGGAAGGAAUGGGAACAAGCACAAUCUCCAAGCAAUUUGAUUGCACAGUUUCUGUUUUCAGAAUUUGAAAAUGUCUUCCUAAAAACAUCUGAUAAUAGUAAUGUCUCAUCGUAUUUCAUUUGCAUAAUGAACAUGUUUCAAGGGUCAGACGAUGGAUUAUCAGUUCCAGAUAUUCUGAUGUUAAAACUAACCCAUCUGCAGAACCUGACAUCCCUCCUUUGUGAUCUCGAGAGCAUUAAAUGGUUGCAGCAAACAUGCCAGCUCCCUGACAUUACUUUUGCUGAGCUGUGCAGCCAAAGUGAAUUCCAGAAGAAGCUUCUUCCCAGUAGAAACCGAAGGGAUCCGGCACUGUCCAAUUUAAUUAGCAACAGAAGACUCGCCCAACAAUUUCAGGAAAUAAUUGUUGGGAAUCCCCAAAAGCUCCUGCAACAAAUUCAGUGGUUACAAGAAAAUAUCCCGCAACUGAAAUAUUUCCGUGAUACCUCUAAGCGUAUUUCUUCCUUGGCUUCAAUAAUGAGUAUCACUAAGAUUACACCACAAUCCAGAAAACAAGAUAUGAUCAUCGAUCUGUUCCGAAAUCCUGAUGGCCUGAAGAAUGAUCUCAGAAAUAUUGUAGGAUUCUCUCCGCAAAGUAUCAGGGCUUUCACAGAAAUGCCUCUUUCGGAAAACAAAACACAGCUGAUGUUCCAAAUCCUGCAGCUGGAGUCCUGUAAUACGGAUACUGGUGAUGCUAAGCUGGAAGUCAUAGCAAAACAAUUCUGCAACUUCUCCCUUGCAGAAAGGACUUACAAGUCUUAUCUUUUGGGGAUCACAUUUCUGCGUUACUUAGAUGUCUACAGAUUCAUCUAUAAGAUGUUUUUCCCUAAGGAAUUCCAAAUUCCUAUGGAUAAGGCAUUAGAACUUCUGAAAGACUUGGAUCACUUGAGGAUGAAGCUUGUAUCAGAUGUUCAUCCACUCUUAGAUGCAAUUCAUUCCCUGAAAAAGUUGAGGAUGGCAAGACAUGCACCACUUUCUAAGGCUUUAUUUGAGGUUAGCAAUCUAACAAUAAAUAGCAGAAUGUUGAACAUUUUAUCAAAAACUUUCUGCAACCAUGAAAUCACUCCCUUGUUUUUUGAAUCUCUACUACCUGAUUUUGAGGAGCAGAGUGUUCACCAUUCUUCUGCAAAUGAAGAUGAAAAUGUUCAACAUCUUAUGAAGAAAUAUAGUAUUCCGUCUGAUACUACACCUUUCUGUAUCUCCUUGUUUCUGGACUUGAUUAAGACACCUUCGGGAGCUUUGAUUUGGUCUUUCUUAAAGCCCAUGUUACGUGGGAGGAUUCUGUAUUCCCCAGACACUCCUGAAACACGAGCCAUCAUGGAAAAGUCCAAUUCAACAUUGAAACUGAUGGCCGAUCUAACACAAAAAGCCCAGGAGUGGUUGGACCAUUCGCCUAUGCUCAUGGAUUCACUAGCCAUAUUAAAUGACACGCUUCCAAUGUUGAAGAACACAUUGCAGAAUCCUUUUGUACAAGUUUUCAUCAAACUCAUGGUGGAGCUGGAUGCUGUUGAAUUGUUAAACCAAAUUAAUCAACUGGAUGAUAUACGUUUGGAACUACAGAACAGCACUGACAUAAUACAUCAACUUAUUACUUUAGCAAGAUUUUCAGUAAAUGCCUCUUCAUGUGUGCUGCUUGAUCGCAUUCAUCCAGGCAAAACUGUAGAGGAAAUGGAGAUGAUGGCAAAAGACCUGUUUCUGAGAAAUGAACUUUUGGCAGGUGUCAUUUUCAAUUUACCUUCAAAUGGGACAGGAAAACACAUAACACCCAGUGGAGUUUCCCUCCCACCUUUAGUCAAUUAUACCAUCCGAAUGAGCAGCAAGAUUUCCCAAACAACAAAAAGAAUACGGGAACAAAUUUGGACCGUGGGGCCACAUACUUCAGCCUCUCAAAGCCAAAUCUACAGUCGAGCAUUUGUCUACGUCCAAGAUAACAUUGAUAGAGCAAUAAUUGAGCUACAGACUGGGAAGAGUGCAGAAGAAAUAGCUGUCCAGGUUCAGGCUACACCAUAUCCUUGUUAUAAUAAAGACAUGUUUCUGACCAGUGUGACCUACUCUCUUCCGGUUACAUUAAUGGCUGCUUGGACACUUUUCAUUGCAGCUUUUGUGAAAAAGCUUGUUCAAGAAAAAGACUUGAGGCUUUAUGAGUAUAUGAAGAUGAUGGGUGUGAAUUCCAGCAGUCACUUCUUCGCUUGGUUCAUCGAAUGCAUCACAUUCCUCCUGAUUACUAACGUAUUUCUUGUUUUAUUUCUCAAAUUUGGGAAUAUCCUUCCAAAAAUAAAUGUUGUGAUCUUAUUCCUGUACGUUCUGGACUACAGCUUCUCCAUCAUAGCCAUGAGCUACCUCAUCAGCGUAUUCUUCAACAAUACAAACAUCGCUGCUUUGGUUGGCUGCCUGGUUUACAUCCUGGCCUUCUUCCCCUUCAUUGUCCUACUAGUGAUUGAGAAUCAGAUGAGCUUCACCGCCAAGAGCCUGCUGAGCCUUUUAUCUCCAACUGCGUUCAGCUAUGCAAGCCAGUAUAUUGCCCAUUAUGAAGAACAAGGCAUUGGUCUGCAGUGGGAUAAUAUGCAUGAUUCACCAAUGUCUGGGGACAAUACUAAUUUUAGCUGGAUGUGCUGGUUAAUUCUGAUAGAUUCUUUUAUUUAUUUCAUUCUGGGUUGGUACAUCAGGAAUGUUUUUCCAGGGAAAUAUGGGAUGGCAGCUCCGUGGUAUUUUCCACUCCUUCCAUCUUACUGGUCUGAGCGCAAUGGCUAUUUCCCUUUGUUGCGUGAGAAGUUAAGGGGAUAUCUUUUCACCAAUUUCUUCUUGAGAAAACAACCUACUUUCCCCGAAAAGAUGUAUGUCCACAGUGCUUUGCCCUCUAACAUUGAACCUGAACCUACUAAUCUCAAAGUGGGAGUUUCUCUUCAAGGAAUAACAAAAAUUUAUGAAUCCAAAGCUGCUGUUCAGAAUCUCAAUCUGAAUUUUUAUGAAGGAAAUAUCACCUCAUUGCUGGGUCAUAAUGGAGCUGGAAAAACUACCACAAUAUCUAUACUGACAGGUUUGUUUCCUGCUUCAUCUGGCACUAUAUUUGUUUAUGGCAAAGAUAUCAGAACUGACCAAGAAUUCAUCAGAAAAAAUAUGGGAAUUUGCAUGCAGCACAAUGUAUUGUUCGAUUACCUCACCACAAAGGAACAUCUGCUUCUGUAUGGCUACAUCAAGGUGCCCCACUGGAGCAGAGAGGAGUUACGGGAAGAAAUAAACCGGAUUUUGAAGGAGACUGGAUUAUACAACCAUCGUGACAAGCUGACAGGCUCUUUAUCAGGAGGGAUGAAAAGGAAGCUCUCUAUUUCAAUUGCUCUGCUGGGAGGGUCAAAAGUUGUAAUUUUGGAUGAACCGACCACUGGAGUUGAUCCCUGUUCUAGGAGAGGCAUUUGGGAAAUCAUAUCAAAGAACAGAAAAGGCAGAACGAUCAUCCUUUCCACACAUCACCUGGAUGAAGCCGAGGUCUUAAGCGACAGGAUUGCAUUCUUGGAACAUGGGGCCCUCAAAUGCUGCGGGUCUCCAUUCUACCUCAAGGAAACGUAUGGCAGCGGAUACCACCUAACACUUACUAAAGAAAAGAGCUCAGUUCUGAAUAUAGAAGAGGAAUGCAACACCUCCACUGUGACAGCCACAAUAAAGGCUCAUCUUCCCGAAGCUUAUCUCAAAGAAGAUAUUGGUGGAGAACUUAUCUAUGUACUUCCUCCAUUUAACAACAAAGUUUCUUCAUCCUAUCAGUCUCUUCUGAGAAACCUGGAUAGUAAUUUAAGUGAUCUCCAUAUUGGCUGCUACGGAAUUUCAGACAGCACUGUUGAAGAAGUGUUUCUUAAUUUGACCAAAGAUUUUGCAAAAGAUGAACAAGCUGAUGCAGAGUUAUCUCAAGAAGGGCCCAGUUUCACUGUGGAUAAUGAUCGCUUGUCCAUGAACUCUAACAAUCUCUUUGAACCAGAUGAUCAAGUCCUGAUUAACAGGGGGAAGCCAAGCAAUCUGUCUCUCCUGCUGAGGAAGGCCACAGCCUUGUUCAUUAAACGUUUCCAUCACACUCGACGCGAUGUGAAAGGUUUUAUAGCUCAAGUUAUCCUUCCGGUGUUCUUCAUGACAGCUGCUAUGGGCCUCGGCACCUUGAGAACACAGGAGGCAGAAUACCCAUCUCUCCAUCUCACACCAGCCUUGUAUGGUUCCUCCAGCCAGUCGGACUUCUUCGGGAAUUACAAUCAGACCACAGAUGCUUUGGUUGCUUCGAUGUUCUCUUUUCCUGGAAUAGAUAAUAUCUGGCUAAGCAGAAGUCAUUUAACCCGUUUCAAGGAAGAUGUGGCUGAAAAGUGGAUAUUCACUGGAAAUCAGAGUGAGCAAUAUACUGCCUGCAAUUGCACACUUAGAGGAGAGACUUGUCCAAAGCUGAACUUUUUACCACCUCACAAGAGAACAUUCUCUUCCCGAACAAUAUAUAACCUUACUGGGCAUGAUGUCGAAACUUACCUUCUAGUUACUGCCAAAGACUUUAGUCAAAAGAGAUACGGUGGCUGGAGUUUUGGGCUGCCUUUGACUAGUAAUCUCCAAUUUGAUAUAAACCCAAUACCUGCUAACAGAACAGUAACAAAGGUCUGGUAUAAUCCGGAAGGAUAUCAUAGCCUCCCAGCUUACCUUAACAGCUUGAAUAACUUCAUUCUCCGUGCUUACUUACCACACCGAAACGCCUCUGGAUAUGGCAUUUCUGUUACUACCCAUCCUUAUCCUGGUGGGGAGAGUCAAGAGCAAGUCAUGCUUAGUAGUUUACUGGAUAUCAUUGUGUCCAUGUCAAUCUUGAUCGGCUACUCCAUCACAACAGCUAGCUUUGUGCUUUACGUGGUCAAGGAACAUCAAACAAAGGCGAAGCAGCUACAGCAUAUCGCUGGCCUUGGGGUGACCAGCUACUGGGUGACCAACUUCAUUUAUGACAUGGUUUAUUUCCUGGUGCCGGUUCUACUCUCGGUGGGCGUCAUUUCAGCUUUCCGGAUACCAGCUUUCUUCAAUGAAAAUAACCUCUUGGCUGUAUUCCUGCUUCUUCUUUUAUUUGGAUAUUCAACAUUUUCAUGGAUGUACUUACUGGCUGGAUUCUUCAAGGAAACUGGGAUGGCCUUUAUUGUUUAUGUCUGUAUCAAUUUAUUCUUCGGCGUCAACACAAUCAUCACCCAUUCAGUUGUUUUUUUACUUUCACAAGAAAAACCUACUGAUAAGGCCCUGCAUGAUCUUGCUGAAACAUUGAGACAGGUUUUUCUGAUAUUCCCACAAUUCUGUUUUGGUUAUGGGUUAAUGGAAUUAUCUCAGUAUCAGGCCCUGAUGGGUUUUUUAAAAGCCUAUGGAGUGGAUUACCCUGAUAAAACAUUCGAAUUGGACAGGACAGCAUCCAAACUGCUUGGGAUGUUCGUUCAAGGAACUCUGUUUUUUACAGUCCGCCUCUUGGUUGAUGAUGGAACAGUUCAGAAAAUAUGGCAUAAAAUAUUACAGUUCUUAUUUAAUAAAUUGCAUGGUAAGUCUCCACUCUACCUUGAAGACAUUGUUGGGGAGGAAGACAAGGAUGUCAGAGCAGAAAGAGAGCGAGUGACACUCGGCUUGUCCGACUCGGAUGUGUUGCAGCUCCAGAAUCUUUCCAAAAUCUACCAUCUUCCCUACCGGAGGAUUGUAGCCGUGAGAAAUGUCAACAUUGGAAUCCCAGCAGGAGAGUGCUUCGGCUUGCUUGGUGUGAAUGGGGCUGGGAAAACCACCAUUUUUAAAAUGCUGACAGGCGACAUUGGCCCAACUGACGGAAGGCUCCUGAUGCAAGAUGAAUCUGGAUCCUUGAGUGAAAUUAAUGAUGCACACCGUUCACAAUUUGGAUACUGUCCUCAAGAAGAUGCUCUAGAUGACUUGUUGACUGUUGAAGAACACAUGUAUUACUAUGCACGGUUACAUGGCAUCCCAGAGGAAGAAAUUAAAGGGAUUGUAUUUCACCUUCUUUAUCGACUUGAUCUCAUGCCUUACCGAUGUAGAAUUGCCUCUAUGUGCAGCUAUGGCACCAACAGAAAGUUAUCGGCUGCUCUGGCCCUUCUGGGGAAACCAUCGGUUUUACUCUUGGAUGAGCCAAGUUCUGGUAUGGAUCCUAAUGCAAAGAGGCAUUUAUGGAAAAUCAUCACUGAGGAAGUGCAGAACCAACGUUCAGUGAUACUUACUUCACACAGCAUGGAAGAAUGUGAGGCCCUCUGCACCCGCCUGGCUAUCAUGGUAAAUGGAGAGUUCCGGUGCUUGGGCUCAUUACAGCAUAUCAAAAGCAGAUUUGGAAAAGGAUUCACUGUGAAGAUGCAUUUGAGUAACAGUGUGGACAGCAUUGAGAAGCUGACUCUAUUUUUACAAACAAACUUUCCAAAUACACAUUUAAGGGACCAUCAACUGAACAUGGUGGAAUAUCACAUCCCAGUGUCUGCAGGAGGCGUGGCAAACAUAUUUCAACUUCUAGAAAUGAACAAAGCAGUUUUUGAAAUUAAACACUUCUCUGUGAGUCAAACAACACUGGACGAGGUUUUCAUCAAUUUUGCUAAAGCUCAAAGUAGCUCUGCUAUUUCAGAUGAAAUCACUUAUACGAGUUCAGAACCUUAAGGAAACACUUAACGGCUCUACUAAGCUUUAUGCCAAAUCUUCUUGACUCCUGUAUUAAAGCUUUUCUUUGCAAGUUAUUUUAUGCAUAUUGUAAUCUAGACCAUGAAUCCAGGCCCUUCCCUUUAUAUGAGAUUGGUCUUUCACUUCUUUCUCAAGUUUUUUUUUAUACGUAAGAAUACAUAACAGAUACGAGUAUAUUUCUCAUCAUAUAUUUAUAAAACUCUUUCCAUGCUCCAACUCCCAAGAAAUAUACUCAGUGAAAAAGAAGAGCUGCUCUGUGUUAAUAAGCCAAAAGAUUGCUAU